CAAAUGCCUAAAUGUACUUAUCAGUAUAUUAAAUUUCAUUAUUUCGCUCUUAAAGUCCUCUUAAAUAUUAUAUACAGUGCACUAAGUAGCACGCGUUAAGCAGUUUUAUUUUACUGUUAUGUAGUGCGCCUAUAAAGGGAACCAGUCGCCGUUUGAGACACAUCCCUUAAAAGUGCCCGUGAAGCCCCGCCCCCCGGAAUAGGCAGGAGCUGUUGCUAGCAUCGGAGGCUAAUCUGCUUAGCGGCUAACCGAGCCAAACCGCAGUCGGUAACCGAAUGUCUCUCCUCCGGUCCGGGUGCAGAUCAGCUCUCCACCGCCAGCAUGACCCCGCCGCUGUGAGCGCUCUCCGCGGACACCGAGCCGAGGAUUCGCCCAGACUUCCGCUUUACUCCACCGCCAAAUAAGGUGUGAAUGACUGACGUGGUCCCGCCCACUGCGCUCAGCGAAAUCAAACUCCGCCUCCUGUGCCAAGAUGACAUAGACAGUGUUAAAGUGCUGUGCGGUGAUUGGUUCCCCAUCGAGUAUCCCGACUCGUGGUAUCAUGACAUCACGUCGAACAAGAAGUUCUUCUCCCUCGCCGCUACCUUCAAGGGCGGCAUCGUGGGGAUGAUCGUGGCCGAAAUAAAGGGCCGAACGAAAGUGCACAAAGAGGAUGGAGACAUUCUGGCCUCCAGCUUUCCCGUCGACACUCAGGUCGCCUACAUUCUGAGCUUAGGGGUGGUGAAGGAGUUUCGAAAACAUGGAGUAGGCUCCCUGUUGCUGGACAGUCUGAAGGAGCACAUCUCCACGACGGCACAGGACCACUGCAAGGCCAUCUACCUGCACGUUCUCACCACCAACCUCACGGCCAUUCACUUCUACGAGAACAGAGACUUUAAGCAGCAUCACUAUUUGCCCUAUUACUACUCCAUCCGAGGGGUGCUGAAGGACGGCUUCACCUACGUCCUCUACAUCAACGGCGGACAUCCGCCUUGGACCAUCUUUGAUUAUAUUCAUCAUAUUGGGUCAGCACUGGCCAGCUUAAGCCCGUGUUCCAUUCCACAGAGGAUCUACAGGCAAGCACAGAGUCUCCUGCGGAGCUUCCUGCCGUGGUCCAGCAUCUCGUCCAAGAGCGGCAUCGAGUACAGCAGAACCAUGUGAACGACAGAACUCUUUCCGUCUUACCAGCCCGACGUGCGAACCUGCCGAUUUUUACACAGAAUCCGUCUCGGCCUUUUAAAACGUUCAGGCCGUGUGUAUUAUCUGUAUAUACUUGUAUACUCCUGAUUAAUAUAUGCAUCGUCUUUAAAUCCUUCAACUUCAUGCCUGUAAUUCGGCUGCUGUGUAGAAAUCUCUGUAGAGUUUGCUUGUAUUUUUAAUCAUUUAUGUUUUUUUUUUUUUUUUUAAUGUGUGCCUGCUCUGUAUACAGAUGAGAUGUUGUAAGUAAGAACGCUCAUCCUGAACGUGAACAUGUCGAGUCCAGACCGUACUUUUUUUUUUUUUUUUUUUUUUUUUACAUAAUUGUUUACGCAAAGUUUUAAGUGAUGGUUUUAAUGAGUAACUCGUCGUUCAAGCAGUCAAUUCUGUUUUUUUACUUUUCUUUUUUUAAAGAAAUAUGUGAAAUGAGGUCAACCCGAGCGUGCCAUGUUCUUGUACACAUGACCGUAACAUGAUGUGAGCAAGUGAAAUAAACGCUGUAAGGAUUUGCUGCAUGAAGAGUCACUCAGUGGAUUGGGAACAGGAGUCAGGAUUCACGGAGCCAGACUUUUUAUCAGUGUUGCGUUAAAGUGGCUGUAAGACCCAAAGUUUUUAUCCCUGCUCAGACACAACGAGCUCGAGUGUCGAAUGAAACGAACCAGCGUCAGAUAACGUGGCUGGUUUGUUAACUUCCUGUUUCAGGUUCCACUAUGGCAGGAAGGUGAUGUUGUGGUCUGUAGAGGAGACAGGGUGCUACCUCCACUUAUGGGCGAGGAGAUUGUGCCAUCUCCAUAUAUGGGCAGAGCUGUUCAAGUGGAAACAGCCUUAAGAAAACACUGACCUUUUUUUUUUUUCUUCUUUUUUUUCUUGCACAUAAACAAGCACCUUUUGACUGAAAAGUCUUGAAUAAAGAAACACUAAUUAAAUUAGUUCAGUAACUAAACGCGCGUCUAAACACGCGUGCGUUGAACAGAAAGAACAUUUUCAUUGUUAAAAAUAUGCACCUGAUGAUGUUGGUGACAUCAAUAAGACACAAGCAAUCAGAAUUGGAUUUGAACAAAAAAACGAUAGCUGGGUGCAAAUGUUUUUUUAUCCCCAAAGUCUCCGUAUAUCAGAGCUUGUAUCCUCAUGAGAAUAAUUUCCAUUGUACUCUGGUACAAGCCAAAAAAACUAAAACAUAAUUAAACACAAAAAGCUGACUAUUACAACCGAGAGGAUGAAAAGAUAUUUAAGACCAGAUUUACCAUGCAGCUAUACAUUUGACUUUUUUUUUUGUAUACGUUAGGGUGCGCAAACUUUUGCUCUUCUCCGUAGCCUUAUUAAACACUCAGAUGCAAAUUCUGAGAGGGGAAGCGAAAGCAUGUCUGACCUACCAGACAGAACGCGAACUUGACAGGAAGCCUCUGAUUCUGUUCCGAACCACUGAGCUGCAGAUUUCAGAUUUCAGUCGACACGUUUCCUCACGUGAGCUUCGUCUCGUCCCGAAUGUAAAGCAAAAAAAAAAAGCAAGAAAUAAAUUCAUCCUAACUCCAUGUCAUUAGUUUUUCAUGUUAAGAUCUAGCUUUGAAGUGCAUGAAGCCUCGUGCAACAGCUCUCUCAAGGGUUCAGCGGGACAGCUGUGAAAGAGAUCAGUUUUCUUAUUUAUGUCACGUCCAGGUUUAGUACCUCGAAGAUCAAACGAAAUGUCUUCAGUGUUUAAUUACAUUUCUUUUGUACCAAGCCUGAUUUAUUGUUUUUAUUUCUAAAUGCGUGUAUGUGUUUGAUUUCAUUUUUGAUCCGAUCAUCCAUCCAGUCAUACAUUUCAAGAUGGUGUGUGAGAAAGAACACAAAGAAAUAAAAUCGAUUAAAAGAA